AUGGACACCCUUUCCAACGUCCUGAGAUUUUUCGGCCACAGCCUGGGCCUCCCAAGCAACUACAGCUUUAUCAAGCGGUUGGGCAAGGGCACUCAAGGAGACGUGUGGCUCGCGGUAGACAGCAAGACCAACCGCCUCGUCGCCGUGAAGGCACCUCGGCACGCCUCGUUUGAUUCGCCGUUCAAACAGCCGCCCCCGUUCCUGGCCCCCGGGCCCCGCCUGCUGUUACCGCAGCUCGUGCCGCGCGGCCCGCCCGCGUGGCGACUCACCAUGGUCGGCCGCGAGGCCCGCAUGAUGGCCCGCCUCGGCAACGGCCACGUCAACAUCGUCCGCCCCAUCGAGGUCGUGCUGACCGGGCGCCACGUCGCCUUUGUCAACGAGUUCGUCCAGGGCGGCAGCGUCAGCGACUUUCUGAAAAAGUCAAAGAUGGACGAGGACCUGGCGUGCUACCUGUUCAGGCAGCUGCUGGAGGCGAUCGCCUACUGCCACAAGCACAAGGUGGCCUAUCGUGACAUCAAGCCGGCCAACUGCAUGCUGACGGGGCCCGCCUGGCCGCCGGUGCUCAAGCUGGCGGGUGAUGGGGGGGCUGGGGCUGGCUGCCGCAGUGAUCGGAAUUUUGGGCUGUCUGAGACAUGGGAGGGCAGGGGCGAGCCCGUGUUUGAGACGCUCGCCGGCACGCCUGGUUACAUGCCCCCCGAGAUUAUGGGCGGCUUCUUCGACCUCAACAACGCCACAAACUACGACGGCACGCGCGCAGACAUUUACAGCGCAGGCGUCAUGCUGUGCGUGCUGAUGCUGCGCCACAUGCCCUGGGAGUACGACCGCUACGCCGCCCGCCUGCCGCCCCUCGAGGCCAUGCGCCACCUGUGGCGGCUGGAGGGCGUGGAGGGCGUCAAGUGGCGCGAGGCGACGAGCAAGGCGGAGCGGCUCAGCGACGGGCUCAAGGGGCUGCUGGACCUGAUGCUGGAUGCUGACGACGCAAAGAGGCCGACGCUGGACCAGGUGCGCGCCCACCCCUGGGUGUCGCGGGAGCUGCCGGCAAAGUACGAGGCCGUCCUCACCACGCUUCGCGAUGCGCAGGCCCGCAACGAGGCCGCGGCUGGCCCCGUGUCAGAGGCGGCGCUGGCGGAGCGCGUCACGGCGGCGGAGGAUCUGGCCAAGAAGGCCGCGACGGUCGUGUCGGGCGUGGCGGCCGCAUACAAAUGCGAGAUGCGCGUGUCGCUGGCGCCCCCGCCCAGCGGCCAGUCGGCGGAGUCCGCGGCGGCGGAGGCCGCGAAGCGGGUGCCGUCUGCCCCGGCUGUCGCCGGUGCGGCCACCGCGGCAGAGCCCGCCGCCCCCGCGGCAGAGCCUGCCGCUGCGGCACAGCCUGUUGCCGUCGCAGAGCCCGCCCCAGCGGCCCCGGCCCAGCCCGCUGCUGACCCCGCCGCCGCAGCCGUUGCUCAGCCAGCCGCAGUAGCAGCUGCUGACCCUGUCGCGGCGGCCGCCGCAGAGCCCACUGCGGCCAGCGCCGCCGCCACUGAUGCCCAGCCCGUCGCUACAGCCUGA